UUUAGUUCCCAUUAGUUUCUAUAAAAUUAAAUAUUAAAAUAGAUCGUAUUGAUCUUAUGACUAUCGACCUUAUGAUAAGAUAAAAAUUCAAAAUAUAUACAUAAUGGAAAUGGAAGAACAAACAUUACACGAAAAAUGUGAAAACAUUAUGAACGUGGUUGUUGAAACGCGUAAAAGAUUUGGUAAAAAAUGUGCAGAAUAUGAUCAAAAAACUUCGUUAAUAGAAAACAAAAUCUUCAAUUUACAAUUAGAAUCAUUAUCCAAAGUCAAAUGCAAGCCUAAAUAUCAAAAUUUAGACACUGAUGUUGAUAUUAUGAGGAAGGAAAUAGACGGUUACAUCACAGACCUCCAAGAAAGAGAAAAAAGGAUUAACAAUUUGUGUAGAAAUGUAAAAAAUACAGAGAAAAUUGUACUACAGCUCAAGGAAGAUAAAUUAAGUAGAAAAAUUAUGCAACCACUUACAGCUGAAGCCAAACUUAAAGAAUUAAAAUGAUUAUCAAUAUAACAUCAAUAUAAUUUACAUCAUCAUUAGCUCACUAUAUGUCC